AUGAAAAUCUACUCUCACAAAGGUGAGCUUCUUGUAAAAGAAAACACGCAGCUUUCAAAAGAAUUGCAGGGUGCAAAAGGUGAGGAAAGGACUUUGGGAAUGGAGGGGGUAGAAAGAUGGUACUCGGAUAUUCGGCACGAGUACGAGAUGAAGUUGAGAUACCUUGAUAGGGAAUCCACAGGUUCCAGAAGAUUUCUUCAGUCAAGUGGGCCAAUAUAUAAUUGUGCCGUUGCUGCAUCUGCCGUUCACGAAAUGACGUCCCCUCAUAUUCUGGCUCAAUUCAACGACAAUUGGAUCGAAAGCAUUGUCAACUUGCUAGAGAGUUAUUGCUGA